GCUUCUUCCUACAGCUCUAAUUUAUUAGAUGACACUUUCACGGGAAGAAAAGAAAGCGGGACGCUGGACGCGACGCGCAACGUCACUUUGAUUUCCCGAUCUCCCGCUGUCACCUGAAUGCGCCGUUUCCACGGUAACAGACAACACUAAAACUACAGGGACGGCGACGACACCCGAACAAUGUCUUCUCAAGGAUCCGUCAGCCGUCAGUCCAAAGAGGAACAGGACUUGUACGAAAUGAAAAAGGCUGCUGCUGAGUUUUAUCGAGUGAACCGAGUCCCGCAGGAGAUAGAGAGAGCUCUGGGCCAACUGCUGCUGCUGCAGCCCCAAGACCUGUACGGCUACCUGGCAGAUUACUUUACAAACCUCUCUGCACCACCAAGGAUCAGCAGACUGAAGGGAAGGGAGGUUUAUGAUGCAAGCGGUCAACUUUCCAUUGAGGCAGAGGUCUUCUGUAUCGUCUGCAACAAAGAAAAGAGUAUGUCCUCAGCUGCUGUCUCCAGCCACUCUGCACCCAUGGAGACUUCCCUAGACUGGAAAGCGAAGAGUCAGGAGAGGGUCGAUCAUGUGGUGACUGCUGUCCAGUGGAUCAAUGAACCUCUGAACAGCAUGCUGAAGGACCAAAACCCCUGUGCCCAAUCGGAAAUUGACCAUAUACUCAGUUUCUUUAUGGCUCGCUACCUGGAAGAGAAGACCCGGAACAGGGAGAACAGUUGUUCACCCAGUCAGCCUGAGGUGGUGGCUCCUUCUCCAACACCAAUGCAGACUAAAGAAAAGAAGAAUGCUGAUAAAGUCAAAAAGAGCAACAUGGCAGAGAAGCCAUUCGUCCCAGCAGAACCGUCAGAACCAGUUCUACAUGGGAGCUUGGCCAUAGGCUCUCUGUCUCUGGCUGUGGUCAAAACUGGGGCACAAAUCCAGGGCAUCCCUCUCUACAAAUACAUAGCAGCUCUGACAGGCCGAGAGGCUCCAACACAGUUUCACAUCCCCGCCUCCUUGGUAACAUUGCUGAGCUGUGGGAAGACUUCGCCGGGAAAACUGAAUUUACUGAAGGAAGUCAUCCUGAUCCCCAAAAUGGGACAAGGAGUCAAACAAAUCAUCACAAUGACCCUUGAGUUACAGAAGGAGAUGAUGAGAAUAGUGAACUCUUCAACAAAAGCUGGGGCACCGCAGGCCGUUGUGUGCGACAGCGGAGCGCCGACUGUGAGCUAUGAGCGACCCGAGCAGCCUCUGGACCUGAUCACUGAAGCCUGCAGUAAUCUUGAACUGACCCUGGGAACAGAUAUCCAUUUAGCCGUGAACUGUGCUGCUCAUGAACUAAUGGAUUAUUCUAAAGGGAAAUAUGAGGUUGCAACAGGAGUUCUGAAGAGUCCAGAUGAGUUAGCGGACAUGUACCAAACCCUCAUCUGCAAAUACCCUGCAGUGGUGGCUCUAAUCGAUCCAUUUAGAAGAGAGGAUGCAGACCAGUGGGAAAGGCUGAGUAAAGCGACUGGACACACAUGUUCGCUGAUCUCUGACAUCACCUACAAGUCACAGGCCCCGCCCCUUCCAGGAGUCAGAGGUUUUAUCUUAAAGCCCGUCAAUGAGACAACAGUCAGUGACUUGAUCUGCAUCACAUCAAAGCACAAAGGUUCAGUGCUGAUGGGAACAACGAGCAGUGAACCCUGCAACGAAGAGUCUUUGUCCGAUAUCGCUGUAGGUCUAGGCCUGGACUAUGUCAUACUGGGAGGUCUGAGUGGUGCUCAGAGGAUGCUUAAAUACAACCGGCUGAUUUCUAUAGAAGAAGAACUGGCCCAACAGGGAAUCCUGGUCUCUAAAGAGAAGCACCCCCUCCGCUGCUCCAUGGAAAAACCCAGGAGCAGAACAGAGAGGACAGUCUGAAGGAACACAGCUCGCAGCCUGUCUGAUUCCAACGAGCCUUCAGAUGUGUGUCAGUGCUACCACAUCAGAUUAAUCUAGUGUUACCAUUCUGUUUUAUUUUAUAACUGUGGUAAAAAAAAAAAAAAUCAAUCUGAAGCUUUUCAGAGAGAGGCUAAGUGGCCAGACAUGACCUUCAGUAAAGCAGUUUUUAAACCACCCCAAACAUCUUGUUGCCACUUCAGGUAUAUAGAAGCCAUAUUAGCAGGUGCUCGGCCUCCUUCUGCAAACACAGGUCCGCUUUUAGGUCACAUUCAAUCAUCUGCACAAAAUUGUGAACACAGCAGCACUCACAAGCCUUCAAUAUUCACUAUGUGGUGAACAGAAGGGAUGCACUGGUGGAGGUCAGUGUUCUAUGUGACAAUAUAUGAAUACCGUUUGUAUCUCUUAUUUACACAUUUCAGUCAAUAAAAAAAAAGAGAUUCAGUUU